UGGAUCUACCGGACGGCCGAGGGUGCGUGGCUAUCCCCGCAACAGAGCGAUUUGGUAAACAGGCACCGCCUUCUCUAGCCAUGGAUUGUUACAGAACUUCACCAAGCAAUUCCUGGAUUUAUCCUACUGUAAUCCUCUGCUUGUUUGGGUUUUUCUCCACAAUGAGACCCUCAGAACCAUUCCUUGUCCCAUAUUUAUCUGGACCAAAUAAAAACCUGUCCAGCACGGAGAUCACAAAUGAGAUCCUUCCCGUUUGGACCUAUUCUUACCUUGUGCUGCUGCUCCCAGUGUUCAUCCUCACUGAUUACGUUCGCUACAAGCCAGUCCUCAUCUUACAAGGGAUUAGCUUCAUCAUUACCUGGCUGCUGCUGUUGUUUGGCCAAGGAGUGAAAGCCAUGCAGGCUGUGGAGUUCUUCUUCGGGAUCGUCACCGCCACCGAGGUGGCCUACUAUGCCUACAUUUACAGCGUGGUCAGCCCCGAGCACUACCAGAGAGUGAGUGGCUACUGUCGGAGCAUCACACUGGUGGCCUACACGGCGGGCUCCGUGCUGGCCCAACUCCUUGUGUCCCUGGCCAAGCUGUCGUACUUUUACCUCAACGUCAUAACCAUGGUCUCUGUCUCCAUGGCCUGCCUUUUCUCAUUUUUUCUGCCGAUGCCCCAGAAAAGCAUGUUUUUUCAUGCAAAACGUAGCAAAGAAGUAAAGAAGUCACUAAGCAUGAGCACAGUGUUAGAGGAACCUUAUGAAAGAGAAGCACCAGGCUGUGAAGAGGAGAAACCCACUUCGGAAAAACCCUCUGCUUCAGGGAACUUGAAUGAUGGCCAGCUGAGCAGCCCAAAACUGGAAAACAUGACUUUGAAAGUGUUUGCACAGUGGUUCCAAGAUUUGAAGGAGUGCUACCGUUCAAAGCAUCUUUUUUACUGGUCCCUGUGGUGGGCUUUUUCUACAGCAGGUUUUCACCAGGUUUUGAACUAUGUUCAAAUCCUGUGGGAUUAUAAGGCACCAUCUCAAGAUUCUUCCAUCUAUAAUGGGGCAGUAGAAGCUAUUGCAACAUUUGGAGGGGCUGUGGCUGCCUUUGCUGUGGGUUAUGUGAAAGUCAACUGGGAUCUUCUGGGAGAACUGGCUCUGGGCAUCUUCUCAGUUGUCAGUGCAGGCUCUCUGUUACUCAUGCAUUACAUGACCAACAUCUGGGCGUGCUAUGCUGGCUACUUGAUAUUCAAGUCCAACUACAUGCUGCUUAUAACCAUAGCAGUAUUUCAGAUUGCAGUUAACCUGAGUGUAGAACGCUAUGCCUUGGUGUUUGGAAUCAACACGUUCAUCGCCUUGGUGAUUCAGACCAUCAUGACUGUGAUUGUAGUAGAUCAGAGAGGUCUUAACCUGCCAAUCAGCAUUCAGUUUUUAGUCUAUGGGAGUUAUUUUGCAGUCAUUGCUGGAAUUUUUUUAAUGAGAAGCAUAUACAUUAUCUAUUCAGCCAAAUACCGAAAGGAAGUACAAAUCCCUGCUCCAAGUCAGAAUCCAGAUGUCCCACACCCAGAGGAACCAAGUAUUGUCAUCAUGUGUACAAAGCUCUAACCUCUUGGCAUCAACUGCUGUGGUGGCUUCCUAAGUCAUUCCAUGAAAACACAGGAUUUUGAAAUGGAUGGCAUAUGUUUUGCCAUAAAUUGACCUGCUUACAAGUCCGGAUUCCAAUGAACCUUUCAAAAUCACAA